AUGACCAACAUCAGUCCGUCGGAGUUCAACGUAAUCUGGGCCAACGUCCGCAUCUACGUCACCAAGCACUGGAACGUCGGUUCAGGACGCAAGUCUGAGGUGUCUGCACGCGAUCUGCUGCUGACUACCGUCGGCGAAAAGUAUUCAAUGGCGUUGCUCACAACCAGUGGUCACCAAUUCGCUAACUUUCAGUUCGUUCGCUACGUAACCGACGUGACGUUUCAACAAACAAAUGUGCCAUCGGGCAGUUACGUCGAGAAGAAGACGUACUUCAGUGGCAAGCAUUCCCAGUACGGCCAUAAAGUCGAAGUGCCCGUCCUGCCCAAUGGCUUUGCAAUCAACUCGGACAAGAGGUAUCAAGGAAUCCAACGGGUCGUACGUGCUGUAUUGCCGAAGAAGAAACUAGCAGGUGGUAUCCUCACGCUUGAGGACGUCCGCUCGAACAUCACAUUGCAAGCGAUCACCUAUCGAUGGUCGCGUGACAACUACGACGUGUUGUUUCAAACGUGCAUGGCGCUGACAAACGUACAUAUUCGCUUGCAUCCGCUGCGUGCCGACGACGGGGAAGUGUAUUCUCAGUACAUCAAUCGCAUGUCCUCAAUCGGUUCAAAGAAGGACAAGGGCAAAAAGACGUCUGCUCGUACCUACAGGAUGAAACUCAAGGCGAGAUGA